GCGACGCGCUCCGCGGCUAGACGUGGGGCAGGUCGGUGAGCCAUUGCAUAAUGCGCCUCGAGCGCCGCCAGCGAGCACGCCGCCGGGGUCCGCUCGCGCCUAGCCCGCCCGCCUGAGCCAGCAAGCCCGCAGCUCCGGCAGCGGCCGAUAUGAGAGCGGCGCGCUGGCUCCGGCCCCUCGUUCCCCUUCUGACGCUCCGCAUUCUGCUGGAGUACCUCAAGUCGCUCGACAUCGCUCUCGCCUUGUCCAAUUGCUACUUCUAAGUCAUUUCACACCAAAGACAAUUACUUUUUUUACGGAAAAAUCGUCAUUAUCCAGUUAUAGUUAAGAGAAGAAUAUAAAGGAUGCUUAAUUUUGUGUACAAAAUUUGUUAAGAACAUAUAGACAAUAUUUAUCAUCAAAAUGAGGCUGUCAACAAGUGAAGAAAUACCAACAACAACGGUGGGUCGUACAGCAAGCCCCGGUGCGGGCGCUGUUGCCGCAAUAGAUUCAUAUGAUGUGACGCGUAUGCGCGAGGAAGAGUUUGAGAGGCUUACUGUGUACAUAGUGCCUGACGUGCCUUGUGAACGUGGCCUACCAAGCAGAGCUGAAAGAACUCUCCCACGCAGCCUGGCGCUGAGACCGUCGGCAGUGCUAUCGACCCCUAACACACCGACAGAAGGCGUGUGGAGUACAGGAGUUAUUCCACGAGGUACGCGGUUUGGGCCGUUUGAAGGUACGCGUACGCCUAACAAACCAAACGACAAAAUUUCAUGGCGCUACUACUGGAGGGUACAAGAAACUGUCAGGCAUCAUACUUAUGGAAACAUUAAGAUAUUUAAAGAUAGCGAUUACUAUUACCUUGAUGGAUCUGAUACGAGCGUUGCAAACUGGAUGCGAUACGUCGCCUCAGCGUACUCCCUCUCCGUGAUGAAUCUUGUUGCGUGCCAACACCAAGAACACAUUUACUUCUACACAAUAAGGGAUAUUAUGCCUAAUGAAGAACUUAUGGUGUGGUACUGCAAAGAUUUUGCAACAAGGCUUGGCUACGAUAUCGAUCCUGAAAGAGCGACAUACUCCAUAUUGUCAUCUAUUGCAGGUAAAGAAGAAACGAUUAAAAAAGCUUAUGGCUUGCCACCUGCGCCAGUGCAUCCCGAAAUCGCCUAUAAUCACAUGAAGUAUGUGCUUAGUCUAACAAAUGCUAAAGAAAUUCUGGAUGGAGAAAUUCCAACAAGACGAAGAAAAAGGGAGUCCAAUGAUAAAACAAUGCAUGAAUGUUCUAAUCUACCACGUGAAGACCCAAGAAAUAAUAGGACAAAUGUGCGAACUGACCUUUCUACCAAUAUUAUUCAUCCUAAACUUGAUAGUCCAAUUAUAAAUGAACAUGCGUCAUUGUCACCGAGCAAUUUAAUGCAACCACCUUCGCCAGUAAAAUUACAUCAUAGGGACAAUCAAACGUUAAUUAUUCACCAACAAAAAGAGAGUACAUCACAUGUAGUAAUACACCAACUUGAAAACCCAAGAAUACACAGUAACAGGUCACCUGCUCAAAAUUUACAUUUAAGAGAUGUUCGGGGACCGUCACCUAUGACUUCAUCUAAUCAAGAUAAAGUUGGCAGUAAAUCUCCUACUUUCACUCAUUGUGUACCAACCCACUAUGAACACCAACUAACGCCUAAUGAUGGUUCUGUAAGAUCAGAUGAAGGAUAUCACAGCAAUGGUUAUCAUGAUGAAUUUACACCACCAGAAGACUCAAGUGAUUCCGAUGUAGAAAAUUAUGUAUUAGACUGCUCGAACAAAACAAAUGAGCCUAAAGAAACUGUUAUAGUUCAAAAAAUGGAACAAGAUAUGCAUCGCAAUGAGUACAGGAAAGUUAAAAUAAAGAUGCCGAGAGCAUACCAAUAUCAAAAUCAUAAAGAUAUGGAUUGUGAAAGUGAAAAAGAAUUAAUAAUCGCAGAAGAAGUAAUUAAUACCUCGCCACAAAACUUAUCACCUCCUCGAAGAGACCCAGCCACUUCCACUGUGAUAGUGUUGGAAUCUUCCCAAAAUACAGUUGUUCCACUAAAUAAACCGUACUACGAAGAUGGAACCAUAUCACCAACACCGCAAUCAGCUUACAUGAGAUACUCACCUCCAGAUACACGAAUACUAGAAACUAUUCUCACUGGAAACAGAAUCGACACCAACAACAAUGAUUCAAACCGAAGACAACCAAAUGCUACUCCACCUCCAUCGUCUCCUACAGAAAUGGCGUAUUCUUAUAAGAAGAGUCAAAGGUACGGUAAUGCUUGCAGUCCUGAUUCUAGUUCAAAUCUAACGCCAUUACCGUCAUUGCUGCCUUUACCACAACAGUUGCCAGCACCAAAUUCGGUAUCGGUUUAUUCUUCAUCACCACCGCACACUAUUCCACAUACAACGGAAAUCCGUGAAAUAAGAGAAAUAAGGGAAAUAAGAGAGACGCGGUAUGAAAGCCACUAUCCAAAUUAUUCAUAUAGCUUAUAUUCACCGCCUAACUCCACAAUAAUUACUCAACUAGGAUCUCCUCCUAGCACAUAUUCGCCGACAGUUUCAUCUUCCCAUCAAUAUGAAAGAAUUCAAAAUGGACAAAGCAAUCACCACUUUCCCUCUUCAACCAGUGUUAUAACGCUUAAAAAUUGCUCACAGUUGAGUUUAAUUCAAAAUGCUAAUGUUAAUGGGCAACUUGUACCACAGCACAGUAUGAGCCCAGAUGGAUCAUGUGGCCUGAUGAUCGGACCGAUGAGUCCUAAUUCACAAUCAUCACGUGGUUACAGGAGUUUACCAUACCCGUUAAAGAAAAAAGAUGGAAAAAUGCAUUAUGAAUGUAAUGUUUGUUGUAAAACCUUUGGUCAGCUGUCAAAUCUUAAGGUUCAUUUAAGAACGCAUUCAGGAGAACGACCGUUCAAAUGCAACGUCUGCAAUAAAUCAUUUACACAACUGGCUCAUCUUCAAAAACAUCAUCUAGUACAUACGGGCGAAAAACCUCACCAAUGUGAUAUUUGCAAAAAAAGGUUUUCAUCAACAUCUAACUUGAAAACACAUUUACGACUACAUUCAGGUCAGAAACCCUAUGCCUGUGACCUAUGUAUGCAGAAAUUUACACAAUUUGUUCACCUAAAGUUGCACAAGAGACUUCACACGAAUGAUCGGCCAUACGUUUGUCAAGGGUGCGACAAAAAGUAUAUCAGCGCAUCAGGUCUACGCACUCACUGGAAAACAACUAGCUGCAAACCAAACAAUAUCGAAGAAGUUCUAGCAAUUACCAACGCUGCUCAUACUGAAUGUAUCGGUACUGUCGACAAAGACUGUCACGAAAGAGAGGGGCACGAGGCAUACGAGGUUCACUCAGCAUCGCAGGGAGGGCUGGUGGGAGCCGGUGGGGCGCGAGUUGCGAUGUCACAUAGCGAAGCUUUGAUGGGAGGGCACGCGCAUACUACCACGCCGCAUCUAGCGACGGGGCGCGGGCAGCUUUCACCGGGCCCGGGGGGACCCCAGUAUCGCAGUCUGCUGGCUCCAGGCACUGAGCACCAACAGCAACACUACAGCUCGCCGACCGGCGAGACGCGGCCAAGCGUCAUAGAGUCCAGCCAGCCUCUCAUCAUCGAGUGCACUUGAGCCUAGCAACCCACCUCGUCGCCGCCGCCUGUUGUCGCAGCGCACAAUCGUCGGACGCGUAUUUCCCCGCCGCAUUUUGUGAUUCCAGUCUUGUGAUCAAAUAAAAGUAUUUUGUUAAAUGUGUUAAGACAUUCGUGAGACAAACUCUUUGAAUUGUCUUAUUCAGUGGCUAUGAGAUUACGAUACGAACGUUAAGUUGUAAAAAUAAUAAUUAGCUUUAGAGCGUCGCAUUAUUAAGUACUAAGUACUUACAAUAGAAUGCAUCAAGUUUAGUGGAUAAGAAUCUAUAUUUUAUUACCCAUUGUUGUAUUUUUGUUAAGAUUGGCAGCCUCCCUCUUGCGCCAAUGCUCAACUCAAUUGUUUUUUUUAAAUUCUAUUGUAAAUAUUUACAUGUUUUAACAUCGAUUUUAGAUAUUUUAUAUACUUUUGUGUAAAUAUCGUGUAAAUAGAUACAUAAUAGUUAUGUAGGAAAAACAUCAGUAUCAUUGUAAAAUGGUAUUAAAUCAGACAGGUAGGUAUCUACUAUCAAAUUUUUCAGUAUCUUUCCUAUUUAACCGCAUCGUGAAUACGAAUAGCUUAAAUUUCACCAAAGAAGAUCUUAACAGCUGUUUGUUGUAAUCGAACUUUAUUUAAAUUAUUUGUUACAUCAUGCAUAACCGAACAAAUAAUAAUAAAAAUGAUGACGACAAAACGCUAAAAAUUUCACCUAAUUUCUUGAUAUCGCAAGAAAACAUUUAGAAAUAAAUUUAUCUCAUAUUAGCGGAUAAGUGCCAAAAGCGCGAUAAUAUUUUAUUACUUUUUAAGUUAACUUAAUAAAAUAUUCGCAUAGUAUUUUUAAAACGUUGUUCCUAAUGAAUUAUUGGAGAGUACGCGCGUAUAUGCAUCAACUUAAUUCUAACAUUACUUAGAUUAGAUUGGAUGAACUUUGUACAUUAUCCCUACGCUAGAACAAAUGGUGCUUCACAUCGUAGAGUCGUAGUCGCUCGUGUCAGUCGCUACGAACUGACCGACAUAACUACAUGUAAUUAUUAUUCACCGAGUUUACUAGUUAUACUAUUUUAGGUAUAUUCCAAAUUUUUUAUUAUGAUUCUCCUACUCGAAAAGGCUGAGAUAAAUGUGUAAUGAGACGAUUGGCGAGUGUAAUUAUUGGUCCUGUACUAACUGGUUCACAUUAUGUCUAAGUACGAUCAUGUAAGUCGUAUCACUUAAUAUGGUGUAUCUUAUACGUGAUGUAGAACCAAGCGAUAGCUUUUUGUAUAUUUCUAUUGUUCAUAAGAUAAGAUUUUUACACGCAAUCACCUAUAAAUUUAUUAUCUGUAUAUUUUAUACCGAGCAUUUACAGAGCCGAAAAUUUUUGUAACGAAUGCCGUUAGAUUAUUUUGUCAAAUUAAUGUUAAUGUAGACAAAUUAUUCUAUCCUUGAAAUGUUAUG